AUGAACCGUGAUAGAAGCACAAAAGAUGCGAAGGUUGUGAACAAGGUACCAGGGUCUGGCACCAAAAUAGUUUUUCUUGACUGUGAUGGUGUUAUUUCCCCUUUUGGUGGGCAACUGUUCGCCCCGAAGCAAAUGUCCUUUCUUCGACACAUAAUCACUGAAACAGGUGCAAAGAUAGUACUGAGCUCUUCAUGGCGAAUGACGGAAUUUGGACGUGGUGAAGUAUCUAGACACUUAGUCAACCACAACAUGCCUACAUUUAUUGCCUGUACUCCAUAUUAUUCUGGUAAACCACGAUCAGUAGAAAUAUUAUCAUGGGUAGAGGCUAAUAAGGAUCGAUAUAAUAUAGUUAACUUUGUGGCCCUGGAUGAUAUUAAUCUACCGGCUGGUGCUCCUAAUCGUGCUUUCUUUGCUCGUCAUGCUAUAGUUACAAAUGCAUUUACAGGACUAACAGAAGCAGAUGCAAUACAAGCAGUCAAUAUUCUGGACGAUAGUAAUAAUAUUGAGUGA